CAAAGUGGCCAUCAACUCCAUAGCUGAAACUUGAAAGUUCAGGAAUCUCUUGUACUCGAUAAGAAAAAAUGGGAAUGAAAUCUUCAUUUCUACUCAUUCUCUUCAUUGUUCCGGCUGUAUUAGCCGAUCUAAGAGUUGGGUUUUACAAACCAACAUGCCCUGACGCAGAAUCUAUCAUUUUUCGGGCAGUGCAAAAGCGGUUCAACACAGAUAAAUCCGUAACCGCAGCCUUGCUUCGCAUGCAUUUUCAUGAUUGCUUCGUUAGAGGAUGUGAUGCAUCUAUUCUUAUAGAUUCAACCACUCAAAACCAAGCAGAGAAAGAUGCAGGACCGAACCAGACUGUCCGUGAAUACGAGCUUAUUGAUGAGAUCAAGAAAGCCUUAGAGGCUAAAUGCCCUUCAAAAGUCUCAUGUGCAGACAUCAUAACAGUUGCAACCAGAGACGCUGUAGUUCUUGCUGGAGGACCAAACUACACUGUGCCUACAGGAAGACGUGACGGGCUAGUCUCUAGAGCGGGUGAUGUGAACUUGCCUGGACCACAAGUGGACGUGUCUCAAGCAUUUCAAAUUUUCAGAGCAAAAGGUCUAACCCUUGAAGAAAUGGUGAUCCUUUUAGGUGCACAUACUGUUGGUGUUGCACAUUGUAGUUUCUUCAGUGAACGUCUUCAAAAUGAUCCAUCAAUGGAUGCUAAUUUAGCUGCCAACCUGAGUAAUGUCUGUGCUAAUCCAAAUACUGAUCCUACUGUAUUGUUGGACCAAGGCACAGGUUUUGUGGUUGAUAAUGAGUUCUACAAACAGCUCCUUUUGAAGAGAGGAAUAAUGCAUAUUGACCAGGAACUUGCCAUAGAUAGCUCUACUUCUGGUUUCGUUUCACGUUUUGCGAGAGAUGGGAAUGGAUUUAAGCAGAGUUUUGGAAAUGCAAUGGUGAAGAUGGGGAGCGUUGGGGUUCUUGUUGGAAAUGAUGGAGAAGUGAGGAAAAAUUGUAGAGUUUUCAAUCCGAAAAACAAACCUACUGUCCCAAGUCCCCCAAAGAAAGACAAGGUUUCACCUCCCAGCAAAAAAGCCAAAAAUAAAAAGCAAAAGAAACCUAAGGGUAACGGGAAGAAGAAAAGGAACACAAGAGCACUGUAGUUGAGAUUGAUGUUGUGCUUAUAAUUAUAAUAUAUUUUGCAAUUUUUCUUUUUCAAACACUGUCGUCACAGUCAUCCGAAGAAAUAGCAAUUUCUGUGUGUGCUUUAGACAUUUUCUUUUAA